GGAUGAAUUCGGCAAUCGCUGUUGUCUCAUUUCUUGUCUUGAACGAUCUUGGUUGUUAUAAUUACCUGUACGAGUAAUAUAAAAUAUCACAUAACGCUAUCAGAAAGAAGUCGAACGUCGUUGUAUUUCGGUGUUCUGUCUAACACUACAAAUGGCCGUUUAUUAACUGUCAUUUACAGUUUGUUUGAAAUUUAGCGUCGGAAACACAACUGGACACUGCAAGAAAACAGAAGCACACCAGGAUGGCCACUGUGCUGUGCAGCAGAGCCAGGCUGGUUAGCUACCUCCCUGGGCUUCAUGUGUUGGUGCAUCGUGUGGCUGGAGCCAGAGCCUUUUCUGCUGCUGGAUCCUCAGGUUCGGAUGAGCCCCAUGUAGCCAUGACUCCUUCUGGCAUGGGAGUGCAGACAGCGUGGCCUGAUGAAAGCAUGGGGCCUUUUGGACCUCAGGACCAACGCUUCCAGCUACCUGGUAAUGUUGGUUUUGGCUGCCAUCUGGAAGGACUAGUAGAGCAGAAGAGCCUGGCACACAAUAUGACGCCUGAUGUAUUGUCUGCCCCAUCCAGCAGUGAGAGACACGAGUUCAUACUGACCCAUUUCAUUGGAGAGUUCCUUAAGAAAGAUGACCCGGCGUUGUUUCAGGAAGUCAGCAGAGCUGAACAGUACUUUCACAACUCUAGUGUGGAGUGUGCCAUACAGUCCUGCCCGCAACUACUAAAGAAAGAUUUCCAAUCCAUGUUUCCUGAGGCUCCAACUUCUGGUAUGAUGGUGGUCACGGUGACCCAAAAGACCCAGAACGAUAUGACAUCAUGGUGUGCUGAUGUGGAACAGGAGAGAGACCAGAUGCUCGACAAGUUUGUUGAUGGUGCAAAGGAGAUCUGCUACGCCCUGCAGAGAGAAGGAUUCUGGGCUGACUUUAUCGACCCAUCCUCAGGCUUGGCGUUCUUUGGCUCAUACACCAACAACACACUGUUUGAGACAGACGACAGGUACCGUCACCUGGGCUUUCAGAUCGAGGACCUGGGAUGCUGCAGAGUGAUCCGGCACCCUUUGUGGGGAACACAUGUUUUUGUGGGGACAUUAUUUACCAAUGCACCACCCAACAGCCUUAUCAUGAAUAAGUUGCAGGGCAGCUGAACAAGCUCAGGAACACUGGGUUGCUAUUAAAACUAUGAAAAUGUUUAUGGGCUGUUUCUUAAAAUUAUGAAGCUUUAGCCAAGAAUAUCACCACGCUUCUUUAAGAGCAUCAUAAACUGACUCCUCAGUGUUUUUUCCUCUGCAACAUGCAUUUAUAAAUAUUAACUGAUUUUGAUAUAUAUGUAUAGAUUCGAAAUCCAAACUCUGAAAUGCUGCUUUCACAAUAAAGUAUUUCUUGACU